GAAGGAGAGUUCCUCUGACAGUAUUUCUGCAUCAUUCUACAGCUGAUAAUCUGAUUUCCAACUCAUUAUGCAGAACUGACUUUCCUUCUCUCCCAGCACACAGAGCGCUUUGUAGUUCCCUUCAUGAUGAAGAACACGACAGGAGUGGCGCAGUUCUUUCUCCUAGGACUAACCAGUGACCCAGAACUACAAGUUCCCCUCUUUGUAAUGUUCACCCUCGUCUACCUCGGCACUCUGAUUGGGAACUUGGGGAUCAUUACAUUGAUUCUGCUGGACUCGCAUCUCCACACGCCCAUGUACUUUUUCCUCAGUAACCUGUCUCUGGUGGAUCUUUGUUAUUCUUCGGCUGUCACCCCCACAGUCCUGGCUGGAUUCACUCCAGGAGACAAGGUCAUCUCCUACGAUGCGUGUGCGGCUCAGAUGUUCUUUUUUGUAGCCUUUGCCACUGUGGAAAAUUACCUGUUGGCCUCGAUGGCUUAUGACCGCUACGCAGCUGUGUGCAAACCCCUGCAUUACACCACCACCAUGACCACAAGUGUGUGCACUGGUCUGGCGACAGGCUCCUAUGUCUGUGGAUUCCUGAAUGCCUCCAUCCACACUGGAGACACAUUCAGUCUCUCUUUCUGUAUGUUCAAUGUGGUCCAUCACUUUUUCUGUGAUAUUCCAGCAGUCAUGAUUCUCUCUUGUUCUGACAGACAUGUUAGUGAACUGGUUCUAGUUUAUGUAGUGAGCUUCAAUGUCUUUUUUGCUCUCCUGGUUAUCUUGAUAUCCUAUAUAUUCAUAUUUAUCACCAUCCUAAAGAUGCCCUCAUCCGCAGGGUACCAGAAGGCUUUGUCCACCUGUGCCUCCCACUUCACUGCCGUAUCCAUCUUCUAUGGAACGAUUAUCUUCAUGUACUUACAGCCCAGCUCCAGUCAUUCCAUGGACGUGGACAAAACGGCCUCUGUGUUCUAUGCUGUGAUCAUUCCAUUGCUGAACCCUCUGGUCUACAGCCUGAGGAACAAGGAGGUAAAGAGUGCAUUUAUGAAGGUGUUUGUAGAGGCAAAAUUGUCUCUAGGAUUCUGAUUUCAACACUGUAAAAUGAUAUCCUGACCAAUAAAACUCUCUUGUCCUGAAAAAAAAAAAAGAAGAAGAAAUACUAUGUCCAGAAAUAUAAUACCUGAACAAGAAUGACUAAGAUGUCUUGUGGCUGGCUGGCUAGUUUAAAACCUUAUUAAGGACAUUGGU